ACAGAAACGUGUGUGUCACCUCCCUGGAGUCUGCAAGUCCAAGAUUAAGUUGCCAGCAGGGCCAGGCUCCCUCUGAAACCUGGAGGGAAGGGUCCUUUCUUGCCUCUUGCAGCUCCUGGUGGCCCCAGAUGCUCUGUGGCUUGCUAUUGUAUCACCCAGUCUUCUCCCUGACUCUGCAUGGUCCCUGCCCUCUGUAUGUCUGUCUGUGGCCAAGUUUCCCGUCUGUGUAAUGACACUGACUUACUGGAUUAGGAGCCUCUGGAUCUGCAGGCUACAUCUGAGGACAAUCCCUCGUCUCCCACCUUCUGGCUCAGGGAUCUGAACUGGGCCUAGAACUUGUUUUUGUCUGGAACCGUGACCCAGGACGCAUGACAGGGAGGGUGCCCCACUCCUUGCAGCUCCAUGAUCUAGCUGCCCUUGAGGAAAGGCACCCUGACCUUGUGGUAGAAGUGGCCCAUCCCCAAAUAAUCCAUGAAUCUGGGGCACAAAUCCUGCGCCAUGCCAACCUCCUGGUGGGGUCUGCCUCAGCCCUAGCUGACCAGAGCACAGAGCAGCAGCUCCUGGAGGCCUCACACCACUGGGGCCAUGCUGUGUUUGUGGCCCGAGGGGCCCUGUGGGGGUCUGAAGACAUCGCUAGACUGGAUGCAGCUGGAGGCCUCCAGAGCCUCCGAGUCAUCAUGGCCACACAUCCAGAUGGCUUCCGCCUCCAGGGACCUCUGGCUGCAGCCCACAGUACCGGUCCUCGCACUGUACUCUAUGAAGGCCCUGUCCGUGGGCUCUGCCCCUACGCCCCCCAAAACUCCAACACCAUGGCAGCUGCUGCCCUGGCUGCUCCCAGUCUGGGCUUUGACAAUGUGAUUGGAGUGCUUGUGGCAGAUCUCAGCCUCACGAACAUGCAUGUGGUGGAUGUGGAGCUGAGAGGACCCCCAAGCUCCACGGGUCGAAGCUUUGUGGUGCACACCCACAGAGAGAACCCUGCUGAGCCAGGCGCUGUCACCGGCUCUGCCACCAUCACUGCCUUCUGGCGCAGUCUCCUAGGCUGCUGCCAGCUCCCCUCCAGGCCCGGGAUCCAUCUCUGCUGAGAAGUCUCCUCCUCCCGAGGACAUCCUGUCUGAAAG